AACAACUUCCCUUAAGCUGUACACAACUUUGUGUCCUCUGGCUGUUCUGUAAUAAAAAAUGAAGCUAGUAUGGUCAAAUACAAAGAGUUAGAAUGGACACAGUGUUGUGCAGGCCUGUACAUUUGUUGCCGUGGUGUAGCAGUAAGUUUAGUAGAUACAGUGGGCGUCUGAAUGUAGUUUGCCUGCUCGGGUUAAGAUCCCUCCAGGUGUUGUUCAUCGGGAGGAGUAAUUCAAGGUGUGGUGGCAAGCCCAUGGAGAAGCCGUCAUCUUCAGACAGAGCAGCGCUGGAGGAGAGAAAAGGCCUGGUUGAGGAUGGUGGGGCGCUGAGAGGUGCUGAGGGUGGAGAGGUGGAUCCUCAGCCGCUGAGGAAGAGCAGCUCCUCUCGCUCCUCCCGCAAGAGCUUCCGUUUAGACUACCGGCUGGAGGAGGAUGUGACGAAGUCCUGUCAGGACAAACAUGGCCGCUGGACCAACCCCUGGCCCACAUGGCGGUUUCCUUCCUACACCACCAUGCUCAGGUUCAUUUUGUUGGAUAAAAAUCACAGCAAUGUACCUACUAGUAAAGAGGCUCUGGAUAGGGAACUCCCAGUGAUGGAACCGUACUUCGUCCAGAACCCAGACCUCUCUGACUCUGGUCCAGGUCUGAGAGUCACCUGGCUGGGUCACGCCACGGUUCUGGUAGAAAUGGACGGGCUGAAUAUUCUGACGGACCCAAUUUUCAGCCAGAGGGCCUCACCAUUCCAGUUCAUGGGGCCCAAAAGGUACCGAGGCCCCCCCUGCACUGUGGAACAGCUUCCCAGGAUCGAUGCUGUCGUCAUCAGUCAUUCUCAUUAUGACCAUCUGGAUUCUGGAUCUGUGGCCAGCCUUAAUGCACGCUUUGGAGGGGAGCUACGCUGGUUCGUGCCCCUGGGUUUGAUGGACUGGCUGGCGAAAAUGGGCUGUGAGAACGUGAUGGAGCUGGACUGGUGGGAGGAGAACUGUGUCCCGGGUCAUGAUGACAUCACAUUUGUCUGCACACCCUCUCAGCACUGGAGCAAACGCACUGCGCUGGACGAUAACAGGUCUUUAUGGGGAAGCUGGUCUGUUUUGGGUCCGGACCAUCGAUUUUUCUUCGCUGGUGACACUGGCUACUGCACUUCCUUCCAGGAAAUCGGACGACGCUUUGGACCGUUUGACCUCGCAGCAAUCCCCAUUGGAGCUUACCUGCCCAGGGAUGUGAUGCGGGGGCAGCAUGUAGAUCCAGAAGAGGCUGUCCAGAUUCACCAAGACCUUCAGGCCAAACACUCUGUGGCCAUUCACUGGGGAACCUUUGCUCUCGCCUAUGAGUACUACUUGGACCCGCCGGUUCGUCUCAGAGAGGCCCUGGAACAGAACGGGCUGAAGCCAGAAUCCUUCUUCACUUUGCAUCACGGGGAGUCUCGCCUUAUAGUGUCACAGAAAGGAGACUUCUUCUGAUCCUCUCUGGAGCGUUUUGUUGUGUCUGUAAUAAAGUGCAGCACAUUUUGUUGAUCAUAUAUAAAUGGACUUCAGUGAUUUAAUUUGAAAUGCAUAUACGUAUGCAGCUUAUCCCAACUGAAAACAGGAAAUUCAGAUGUUCAUCAACUCUGUUUACAUACUGAAUGUUUGGCCUGCCAUCAUCAUGUUGGGCAGUACUGCCUACACGAGCUGUGAAGGCUCCAAGAAAAAAAAAA